UUACACAUAUACAACACAAUACAUUUAUAAAAAUAUACGUCAUCACAAUACUCUCUUAGCAGCAUGUGCGAAAUUCCAUUUCAACUUUGAGCUCACAGCUCACAUUGACUCGAGGUCUCCAUUUGUUCGCUUACUUUACUCUUUACUCCCGUCAGUUUUAACUUUAUAUUCACAUUCUGCUUAUACUUUUAUUCAGUAUCUUGUUCGCCGGCAUACAGAUAACACGCGCUUAUAUAUUUAUAUUAAAUCUCAGCAAUAUUUAUUUACUUAUUGAUUUAUAAAUUAAAAAUACUGAUACAUAUUUUUAAAAAUAAAUCAUUAUCUUGAGUAAUUUAAAUUAAAAUUUUUUUAUAAAAGAGUUUUGUUUAAUUUUUUAAAAUAAUUAAUUAAUUUGUUAAUUUAAGUGUUUAAAUAAUUAUGAAAUUAAUUUUUAAAUAUUAGAGUUCUAUGAAAUACGGAAAUUUAUUUUAUGAUUCAUUUAUAAAUCGAUGUAAUUUAUCAGUUACCUCGAUUUUAAUUUAUUGAAUAAUCAUGAAUUUAAUUAUUGUUUUAUUAUCCUCAUUACUUGUUGUACAAGGAAUUCCAGUAGAUAAGUCAGAUAACAUUCCACUUGAUUCGAAAAUAUUUAUCCAAGAUAAUGGGGAAAAUUUAGUAGCGCCGGCAGAUAGACACCAAAGUAAUGAACCCCCGGGAGUUACAGUGUCUGAGAAACCAGAAGCCUUGACAAUGGCAGCUGCCAUCACGACCAAUGAUAUCAAUUUUACCUCCGAACCUGCCAAGGCUUUUGAGGCCAAUGAUAUGGAAGAGUCCGUUGUUCAUCCUAAGGAAGAUGAUGAUCAUGAAGAAGAUAAUCGCACUGAUAAUAAUAACUUUUAUCACAAUCACAAGAAAGUUGUUGCCGUCGAAGAUGAGAUUUUUGGAGACUUGGAAUUAGAGAAAGGAAAUUCAGAUUCAAAAGUGAAAAAUAAUAAAAUGAAAGCCGAUAUUAAAGAAGUGGAAAAUAAAGACUCUAGUUCCCUACCGAAAAUUUUUCCAGAUGAUCCAAAUAAAGUUACGGGCAUUACAGAUUUACCACUUGAUGUACAAAAAAAAUUCACUCAUGAGUAUAUUGUUAAUGCCAGUCAUCUAAUACAAGUACCUGAUACAAGACCAAAAGUAAAUAUUGAUUCGGCGUUAACUUCAACCGCAAAGGCUCCAGUAAAUUUAUUACUGAGCCCAGAUGAACCAUUGACAUUAGAGAGCCGUCAAGAAAUAUUUGAAAGAAGUGAAAAUUUAAUAGCCCGCAUUAAAAAUGACGAGAUAAAUAAAAAAAAAAUGCCAGCGGGUAUUAUUACGCUUGUUAGUGCAGUUGGGCUGGCAACAAUUGCAGUGAUGGCAUAUGUUGGAUUAAUAGUGUGGAGGAGAUAUCAAGAAUAUCGGCACGGGAAUCGUGAGCUUCUUGUCAAUGACUUUGAUGAUGCCAAUGAUUUCAAUAAUUUUGAACUCUAGAUAAAAUAGUUUAUAUAAAAAAUUUAAUAAAUAAGUUCAUGAGUCUGUGAUAAAAAAAGGACACGGUGUCGCGAUUAGUUUUUUUUUGUGCUAAAUAAUUGUAGAAUUAAAAACCAUUUUUUUAUUUCAUUAAAUUACUUGUAUACCUGAUGGCUCAUUAUCAUUAUUAUUAAUAUUAUUAAUUAUUAAUUAAAUUAUUGAUUAAUUAAAUGUACACAUAAGAUCCUAGACAAUUGAUAAAUUAAAUAACGUUUUCUUUUUUUUUAA